AUGUUGAAGUCAUUGGCAUUAUUCGUUCUCAUCUUCUGCACCACUCUUGUUGUAACUCACUCCCGAGUUAUUCAACCAAACCGUGUCAAUAUUGUACAACAAACUUGCACUAAAACCCCAUUUCCCGCACUAUGCAUUCAAUACCUAAAUGCUGAUCCAAAAAGCUCCACCUCAAAUGUCAAUGGUUUAGCACUAAUCAUGGUGAAUGUAAUAAAGAGCAAGGCAAACAUUGCAGUAAACAAAAUCAAUCAACUUACUAGAAGUAUUCCUCCCAAUCAAAAGGGGGCACUUAUGUUAUGUAGUACUAGGUACACUUCAAUUAUGGGCGAUGUUUUGCUAGCAACUCGUGCUUUGCAAAAUGGAAACCCAAAAUUUGCAGUAGAUAAUGCAAAUGACGCUGUUAUUGAGGCCAAUAGUUGUGAGGAUGGCUUCUUUGGAAAAUCACCACUCACAGCUGAAAACAAUGUAAUGCGUGAUGCAUCCGCCAUAACAUCAGCUAUUUGUAGGUUAUUGUUCUAA